UCAAUUUUCUAUUGCGUUAUUAAUUUAUAUUGUUUAUUUAACAAAAUUGUUAUGUAUUACUUAUUAUAAUAAUUUGCUAUUUUGCAAUUUCUAUUAAAAUAAAAUUAUACAAUUCGAUUUUACCGAUUACUGAUUAAGCACUGUGCGAAAUUAUCUUAGAUAUCACAAAUCACAAUAACUAGUCUGUGCCAAAUACUAUAUCUAUAGUACAUUAGUACCUAUUUGUCUGUGGAUUAGAUGCCUCAUGGUUAGAUCAUUUUGAUAUUUGCUAUUAUUUACUAAUCAUUGUUUAAUCAUGCCUUCUGCAAUUGAAACCAAAAAUGUAACCAGAAGAGAAAUUCUUGACAUGAUGAAUGAAAAGGAAAAACUUGAACAACAAUUGAAAUCUCUUGGAGAAGUUUUGCAAUCGCAUAGAGUCGGCAUGGACGAACCUUUAGUAGAUGACCAAGACUUUCCCAGGAAUGACAUUGAUGUAUACCAAAUAAGAUUAAUACGUAAUCGUAUCAUUUGCACACGUAAUGAUUUAAAAGCCAUAAUGGACCGUAUUGAAAAAAGUUUAAAUGCUUAUUUUACACAAAGCAACCAUAAUGAACCUGAACAACACAUACAUAAUGGACAUUGCAGUUUGAAACCAGAUAAUUAAUAACUCAACAAAUAUAUAUUUUGAAUAUUAUAAUUAUUUGUAUAUACCUUAAAUACUAUUUAUGAAUUAUAAUUUUAAACUUUUACUUAUAAUUAAUAUUUGAUCAAAUUGAAUGUUUUUUGUUAUUGCUAGUAAGUAUUUUUAAAAGAAACUUUAUUUUGUGACAGCUAAUAUGGCUAUAGCCCCAAGGAUUGUUUUAAUAAACAAAAAAAGUAUAAACAAUGAUAGGAAAAUGUAUUUAGUCUUAUGAUUGUUUAGAAAUGUCUUGUAAAUUAUAAUAAAGUUGAUAAUUUUACAUUAUACAGUAUACACUAUACCAGUGGUCUUCAACCUUUUUGGACUCUCGACCCACGUAAAAUAGAAAAACAAAAAAAAAACAUAAAUUCCACCCACUAUGUAGAAUCAUAUCAGUAUAUGAAGAAUACACUGUGAUUUGAAAUCUAUUAAACUAUUAUAAUAUUAUAUUAUAGAAUAUAGAUUAUAUAAACUGUAUUUUUAUUUAUUUCAUCUAUUAAACUUAUUUUUUAUUUUAAAAAGAUGUAUCGCGACCCAAUUUUAAAGCUUACGCGACCCAAAAAUGGGUCGCGACCCACCGGUUGAAGACCACUGCACUAUACCCAAUGGCGUAUAUAAGGUGAUGCUAACAGGCUGAUAAAUACUAACACUAUUGAUGGUAUUAAUAUUAUUACUUAAUGUUUUAUAUUUAUUAAGUUUCAACUUUAUUAAAUUUGUAAACAAGGCCCAAAGGCAUAGGUUCGAAUACAUUUUAACAGAUUAGCUAUAACCAACAUAAAUAAAAAAAAAUGAUUGACAGAAAUUUAAGUUAUAUAAACAUUUUCAAAUACUUAUUUCUUAAAUUAUUAGACUAAACCAAAAAAAAAUUAAAAUUGUUUUUUAUUGUGCAUUAUUUUGAUAGCAAAAAAGUUUUUUUAAAUAUAUUUUGCUACAUAUUGUAUGUUUUAUAUCAGUAAAAA